AUGCCGAAAUCCCCCUCGAUCAGGACCAGACACGGUCAUAUUUCAACUGCCGCGUGCCCGAAUAUUUGGCCAUUCUUCUACCGGCGGCGCCGCCGACUGCAGCCGCGCUGCGGGAGAAGAGGGGAGAGCACGCGGAGCCAAAGGGCCCAAGCAUCUUGUGGAGUUGUCGUGAUUAACUUCCACGCGAAUUGCCAAGAGCCCAAGACGGCAAGACCUCGGCGGCGGCAGACUAUCGAGCACGCGCUAGCGUCUCGGUGCCACCGGAUAGAUAGCUUUGUCCUCGUUUUGGUGGAACAGUUGGUUAACAAUUUCAGGACUCAAGAGGCAAUGCCAGCACCAGCCCCACCAAUUACUCUGGGAGCUCCAACUCCCUAUAUAACAUCUCAUGGAUCCAAAGUUGCACGCCUACACAUGUAUGACUGGAUUGUGCUAGUUCUUCUAGCUGUAUUGGAUGGAGUUCUUAAUAUAAUAGAGCCAUUCCAUCGCUUUGUCGGAUCAGAAAUGAUGACAGACCUCAGAUACCCCAUGAAGGACAAUACAGUGCCAUUUUGGGCUGUGCCGAUAAUUGGUAUCAUUGGGCCUAUCAUUAUCAUAACAGCGAUAUACUUUAAGAAGAGAAAUGUAUAUGAUCUGCAUCAUGCCAUACUAGGUCUCCUAUUUUCAGUGCUUAUCACUGCUGUUUUAACUGAUGUGAUCAAGGAUGGUGUUGGGCGACCACGUCCGGAUUUCUUCUGGCGUUGCUUCCCUGAUGGAAUACCUGAUUAUAACAACUUUACUACAGGCGCCAUAUGCCAUGGCGAGGCGAGUGUUAUUAAAGAAGGUCAUAAGAGCUUUCCAAGUGGUCAUACUUCAUGGUCUUUUGCUGGCCUUGGCUUCCUUUCAUGGUAUCUGGCUGGUAAAAUCAAAGUAUUCGAUCGUAAAGGGCAUGUUGCAAAACUCUGCAUUGUCCUUUCCCCUCUGCUUCUUGCAGCCUUAGUGGCAGUUUCUCGAGUUGAUGACUAUUGGCAUCACUGGCAAGAUGUAUGUACUGGUGGAUUACUUGGGUUGACGGUUGCUUCCAUUUGCUACCUGCAGUUUUUUCCACUACCAUCUGAUGAAAAAGUCCUUGCACGAACUAAGAUGGUCGGUCUUGGGAAGAAAGGGAGAACAGAGGCGCGGUGGAGCGGAGCGGUGCGGAAGCAGAAGAGCGAGAGCAGAGAGGAGAGGAAGAAGAAGAGGAGCAGAGGAGGGCGGAGGGGGCGGGACUCCGACGAGCGGACGGACAUUGGCAGCCUUGGCGUAGAAGAGCUCGGCAGCGACUCCGACUCCGUCGGCAUCUCCAUCGCAUGCUCGAGAUGGACGGCGGCCACGCGGUGUCAACGGCGGCCACGCGGUGUCAACGCGGUGUCAACGCUGCGUGGACGCAGUGCACGCGAAGGCGACGCGGCUCUGGGCGCGGACAUGGCAUCGCGGUGCGGCGCGGCGCGGGCAAAUGGCCGGUUGUCCACGUCGGUGGCUGCCCUGCCCGCACCUGCACAACAUGACCAAAUUGGUCCUGUCCUAGCAGUUAACUGGGACUGGACAAAAGCCCUGCAAGCUGACACACCGACAUCCCUGUUUCCUCUCAUAACAAAUCAGUACUGUUGCUCGAAAAAGCUGCAUGAGCACAAUCAUCAGACCUCCAUCUCGGCCAUCCCUGACUCUGCUGCUAUUGCAGCUAGGGUCUUGCAGAGCUCCUUGUUGCCCAACUUCGCUGCAACCCUUAUUGCCUUGACUGCCUCCUCCGGGAGGUCCUGUCCGAAACUUUCAACAAACUCUGUGAUUGCUGCAUCCGGCGCCGGUGACUCGCCAUUGAUAAAGUCCGGCUCGCGCAUAAGCUUUUGCUGGGCUCGCUGUGCCACCGGCACAGGGGAUGGACGAGCGGCCACACGCAGGCUGGAGCGGGUGGGAGCCAGUGUCGUACUGCGUCGUCGACUUAUCAGACGUCGAGAAUUAAUUUUCAGCACAGUUGAAUAG